AUACUGAGCUGGUUUUGAACUCAAGCAUGAUCUUGAAGUCCUUUUCUCCAAACGUGUCCUUAUGCAGGAUCCACAUUGAUAAAGAGCACAGUAUAUCUGACGGAGAGAGAGAGCAUGCAGCAAUGUGUCACCGCCAUAAAGCUAAACCAAACCGAAGUAAAGGGAGGCAGCCAGCCGGGUGUCUGAGACACGGUUCCCAGUCCAGUAAGGUUGUCAGAGCUGCCUGUCUGUUGGUGGGUGGAGCAGCCACUGGCCCCACCCUCGGUUACAUGAUGAGCUCAUCCUCUGCCCAGCCGUCGGAAACCGCUCCCCUGGACUUCAAAGAACUUGGCAUUCACUCAGCUGAUUGCUGUCAGGAGACUGACUGCACCGGCUACAAUUCAUUUGACUGCCAAACAAUGGAUCAAGACUUCGAUACGUUUGACUUUGGAGGGUUUGCUUUCUAGAUGGUUAAGAGCCACUUCAAUCCUAUUUGAUGAUCUGUUCUGUUACCCAAGUCCCCAACAUGAAAAAGGUUAGAUAUCCAGACCUACAGCUGGUUAGUGUUGCCAACCCUCCAGGAUUGCCCUGGAGCCUACAGGCAUUAAAUACUAAUCUCCUGCAGACCAUGGCGAGCAAC